UUUCUUCUCGUCCAUCAUGGCAGCGCUGUAUGAGGGAUACACGUUGUGCGGGCUCGUUCCAGAUCAAAAUCUGUCAAGUUCAGGCAUUCAAGGGAUCGAAGAGGAGAGAGACAGCGACCAUGUCGUCGUCACCGACUCGGCCAGAUCUGUGACUCUGUACAAGGUGUCAGACCAGAAGCUCCUGGGCAGCUGGACGGUGAAACAAGGACAAACUCUGACCUGUUCUGCAGUCUUCAACCCACAAACCAAGGAAUAUGUGGCGGUCUCAGACAACAAGGUGAUCAGAAUUUGGAAAGAAGAAGACGUACUCUUAGACAAAGCCUUCAAAGCAACUGUGUCAUCAGAUAUCUGGAUGAUCCACUGCGUCCAUGGAGGGGAGCCUGUGGUCUUGUUUAAGAGAGGAGCUGUGAGAUUGCUGGACUCCCUGCUUGCUGCUCCCCAGCAAACCAUAGAAGAAGUCCUGGCUCAAGAAGAGAAUAUCAGGUGGAGCACCAACAUAGUGGCAGAGAGGCAGCAGUUUGUCAUCUUUACAACUGAACAGAAAGGAGAUCAUUUCCUCUACCUGCAGAGACUGAACCCGAACACUUUACAGAGGUACCGGCUAGAGCGAGAGGAGCCUGGUGUCUCCCCGCUCAGCUUCUCGACCUCCUACAGAGAUAAACACAUCCACCUACUUUAUCUCUAUCCUAACGGUCAUGUGUACCAGAGUGUAGUCUCUGUGCAGGGCCUGGCGGCUGAAGAAGGGGCCCAGGCUCUCCCACUGCCCCGUAACCUCCUGCUGGGUCUUCCUGUCGGUGACGGCCUGCUGGAGGCGGCAUCAGCCAUGGUCCUGGAUGAAGCCCAUGUAGCUGUUGUCGGGGUUCCACACCCCUCUGCUGGAGCCGGUAAAGACUUUCUUUGUAUCUGGAAUACCAAUUUUCAGACUCUUCAAGCAGGAAAAGAGAUGGCGGGUAAAAUCUAUGGACAGCUCUGGAGUUAUUCGAAUAAAGUAUUUAUUCCACAUGGGAAAACCCUCUCAGUUAUACCAUUUGAAUGCCCCAAAUCCUCUCUUGCCUCUGCCCUGGGAAAGCUAAGACAGGCCAAGACUGAAGAAUCCAAAGCUCCAGCUUUUGUACCAUCAUGGAAUAACAUUCUGCACGGAGAGAAAGCUCAGCCCUCCAGAACAGUGGAGACCAGGAAGACGAGAACAACACGUAAGACCCAAUCAACCCCUAGUUUAACUAUUGACCAAGUACUGGAGCUCAUCAAGACAGCGCCGAUAGAAGAGGUCCAGAAAGAGGUGGAGGGGCUCCUAGCCAGGGCGGACCUCCAGGACCUGCAGCCCUCAGUGGGACAGCUAGCGUCGACCCUCGUGUCCCGAAGUCUGGCUGAUCCGGCUUUCUACGCCCCCAGUACCCUGUCACAGCUUGUGCACACUCGGUACCUCUGUCACAGUGUGUGUCCAGACCUUGUGCUGCUGGCCCUUGAGAAGAAAGAUUACUUCCUGUGUCAGCUCUGCUUGCAGUUCUUCCCCGACAUCCCAGAAGCUGUCACCUGUGCCUGUCUCAAGACAUUCAUCAGUAUGCCAGAUGUCGAUGCGGAGAAAGCGAGCCUGGAGCCUGACAGCGUCUCUUUCAUGGAAACCCUAAUCUCAAGAGAGCGCGGCCAGGUUGGCUUGCAGAAUGGCUUUAGCUCCACUUCCUGUGAGGAGGACGGCUCAAACGAUGUCAGCGGCCAUCAGACCAGAACACAAGCCAAGAAGAAGGCAGCUCCACCAGAACUGAUUUGUCCUGUGGGCUUACAUAAGGCCGUUCUACUAAAUGAGGUCCUGCUGACGGCAUACAGUGAAACUUUCCUCCUCCCACACCUAAAGGACCUUUCUUCCCAGCAUGUUGUUCUUUUCCUCCAGUACCUGAAGUUUCUCUACCUAAAAUAUUCCCAAGAUGAUUCCCUACACAUGCCUGGAUGCAGAUCUCCAAGUCUGGCUCAGGUCAUGGAUUGGGUAUGCUUGAUGUUGGAUGCCCAUUUUACAGUGCUGGUGAUGACUCCAGAGGCCAAAGGCUUACUGCUGAGCCUCCACAACUUUGUUAAGUCUCAGGUGAGACUAGUUUCUGAGCUGGGAAAGAUCGAGGUCAGCCUCCAAGAGCUUAAAAAGACAAAGGUGAAGAAGGACGUCGGACAAUACUCAAUUGAAGUCAUUGAGCUGUUUUAGCAUGUAUACAGAGUAAUUUUAAUAAAUGCUUGAGAAUACUGUCUCGUUCCAGCUGUUCAUCGAAAGCGGUUUCAAGGUUAUGUUUUGUCCCAAAGUGCUUUUUGGUGCAGAUGUUACAAGAGUUUCUGCACAUGAAAAAAAAAGUUCCUGAUGAAAUGUUUUUGAGUAAGCUGCAGAUGUCUUUGAACCACGUUUUAAAACUUGUUCAAGCUGAUGAAAUUUUGGAUAACAUGGUUUGCAUUUUUAAUUUACUGUCUGCUCAUACAGAUGUGUAAAAUACAUGCAAAAGCCGCCUCAUUCAGCAGUGUGGAAAUGGUUUGUAAUUCUGAUGGCUCGCUGCCUCUGAAACUGUAACUGUGAGAGUGAAUUCUUGUUUUUCUUCUUGUAUGCUUCCUCACACAACUGAACAUUUUGUAAAUCUCACAGUUGCGUCUUUAUACUGGGUUUUCCACAUGAAAACCUCUCAUGUUGAAUAUAAAUAUAUAACACAAAGGAAACUGUUA